AUGGCACGGUCUUCGCGCACUGACCAAAUGGAGUAUUUAAGCCUACCCCGACAGUAUCAGCCCGGCAAUGGAGAUUCUACCUUCUGCAAUGGCGCAUCUGCUACUAAUACACCUAUUGUUACGGCCGCUCAGCCAUUCUCCACCGAGUAUAGCUUUUGCGAUCCUCGUAUACAGCAUGAUGCAGCACUAUUUCACGCCAACUUUACCUGGCCGUCUACCAUUGAUCCUGUCAAUCUGGAGGACAUGGACAACAACACCAUGCAGGGCUUCUUUGCCCAGUUGAAUAGUACUGCGGAAGGCCCAGGUACAGACUAUCACUGUCUAGUCGGGAACAAUGUUGCGGUCCCGUGUUUGGGUUCUACCUCCUCUGCGCAACAGCCAACUCCACCCAAGGAUAGCGGUAUUCCGACUGCUCGGGGGCACCGUAACCGUAGUCGCCGAACCAACAAGCAAGAGGAUCCAUACGGCUCUUUUGAAUGCCGCUGGAUAGACUGCAAGCACCCCGGGCCAUUCUGCCACGGAAGUGUCUUGAUGCGUCAUAUAAAAACCCAACAUGUUAAUCCGCGUUCCAUCGACUGUCCUCGUUGCAAGAAGACCUUCAACCGAAAAGAUAACAUGAAGGAGCAUCUGGGAAGGGUUCACCGGGAAUACAUCUGA